CAUUUCCGAACGGGUCGCGCCCGAGCCCGAUAUGCCCGCGAAGCCCAGGCCCAGCCAGACCCAAAGCGAUGCGACGGAGAUCGUGAGAUCGCGCGCCGCAGCCUCCUCCCCCGCCCCCGCCGCCGGCGAUGACCUCCGCAGUCCUCGCCGGCCGGAAUGAGGUCCACCAGGCGCAUCAGCACCACCGCCAAUGGGCUGGCGCCCGCGUCCCGCUCAUGCCCAAGCCGUCCUCCAACCCUAACCCUAGGCGCCACCGCGCGGGCCCAAACCCUAUCCCCAGUGGCUCGCCGCCGGAGCCGCGGGCCGCUCCGGCCGUCGCGGCCGAGCCCUCGCCGUCGCCUUCGGGGCACCUGAACUUCAGGCCGUCGGAAAUGACCCCCGCCGAGGCCCGGCACCUCCGCGCGCGGCUCACCAGCGAGCUCUGCCGCGUCCGCGCUUUCCUCUCCCGCAUCGACUCGUGGCAGGACGGGCAGCGCCGGCGCCGGGGCCCCGAGCCCCCCGCGCGCGGCCCGUCCCCGCCGCCGGCGCUGGUGGAGGCGAUGCGGAAGCGGUGCGCGGACAUCCUGAUGCGGCUGCGGAGGUCGAAGAAGAGCGUGUGGUUCAACUCCCCGGUCGACGUGGAGGGCCUCAAGCUGCACGACUACCGCGCCAUCAUCCGGAGCCCCAUGGAUCUCGGCACCGUCAAGCAGAACCUCACCGCCGGCCGGUACCCCUCGCACGAGGCGUUCGCUGGCGACGUCCGGCUCACCUUCAACAACGCGCUGCGGUACAACCCGCCCGACCACCACGUGCACAGGUACGCCGGCAACCUCCUCGCCUCGUUCGAGGGGAUGUACAAGGAGGCCGUCUCGUGGUUCGAGCAGCAGCGCCAGCAGCUCGAGCCACCAAUGCAGCCCGAUUUGCCGCCGCCGCCACAGCUCCCGGUCGUCUCUGUGCCAGUGCAAGCGCCCCCGAGGAUGGGUGGGGGCGGGAGGAGGCCCAAGCCCAAGGCCCGGGAGCCAAACAAGAGGGAGAUGGACGAGGAGGAGAAGCAGAAGCUGAGGGUAGAGAUCGAGAACUUACCCGAGGAGAAGAUGCUGAAUGUGCUGCAGAUUGUGCAGAAGAGGAACAGCGAUCCAGCGUUCACUGGGGAGGUUGUCGAGCUCGAUUUCGACGAGCUGGAUAUGGAGACCCUCUGGGAGCUCGAUCGGUUCGUGGUCAAUUGGAGGAAGGCUCUGAAGAAGAGCCAGCGGAACUCUAUGGUGAAUGGCGAUGCUGCCGCGGCGGUGAAUGGAGACGCCAUCGAUGUGACAGUUGUUCCGGACGACGACGACAUGGUCGAGGUUGCUGUCAAUCCGUCCGUGGCGGUCGAGAUCGGAGAGUCGGCUGACGUUCCAGAGAAAGAAAUGGAGGCCGAGAUGGUCGACGAUUACGUGGAUAUAGGCGACGAGAUGCCGACAGUGAAUUACCAGUCAGUGGAGAUCGAGAGGGAUUCCCCGGCGGCUGCCAGCAGCUCAAGCGGAUCAGGAAGUGGCUCGUCUUCAUCCAGCGAUUCCGACUCGGACUCCGAUUCUGACGGGGACGAUGCCAGCGCCCCGCACUAGGUGUGGCUGUUGUUGCUGUUUUAUCUGACUGUACUGUAGGAUUAGCGAUGAGUAGGUGACUGAAAAGGUUCCAUUUGAUGAGGCGUUUUGAAGAACGGUAUAGAGAAGCCUGUAGGGAACUCUUGUUCAUGCAAUGCAAGUGGUUGUGUUCGUCUGUGUAUGUGUGGGUGCAGCAUUUAGGUUGUCGGUACUUGGGUGAUGGGUAGGUGGUAGAUGCUUGGGUAGAUUGGGAGGCUUCUGUAAAGAGGGGAAUAUAAGCUGGAACAAAGAGGAAAAGUAGCAAUGCCGGCCGGGGCAUUUCUUC